UCGCUGUAAAUUAUUUAUUUAUUUAAACAAAUUUGUGCAUCGUGUAUAUGUGAUGGACAAACUCUUACAGGGAAUAAUGAAGUAUAGGGCAACAGUAAAGGAAACCAUGGUUAAACAAUUCGUAAAAGUUAAAGACAAUCCCACUCCCAAAGCAGUAUUUUUUACGUGCAUAGACAGUAGAAUGAUACCGACAAGGUUCACGCAAACAAAUGUAGGAGAUAUGUUUAUUGUAAGAAAUGCCGGAAAUAUGGUGCCCCAUUCGCAACACUUUCCAGACGAACAGAACACCAACGAACCAGCUGCUCUGGAACUAGGAUGCGUCGUAAAUGACAUCAGGCAUAUAAUUGUUUGUGGACACAGCGAUUGCAAAGCGAUAAAUUUACUGUACAAACUCAGAGAUCCGGAAUUUGCAUCUCAGCAAAAUCGAAGAUUAUCCCCGUUAAGAUCCUGGCUCUGCACUCACGCCGAAUCCAGUUUGGAAAAAUUCAACCACUUGGCUGAGCACAACUUUGACAAACCGUUGACGUUUCAAGGGGAAACCCCGUUAAGAAAAUUCGUUGCGUAUAUCGAUCCGGAAAAGCAAUUUUCGAUAGAAGAUCGACUUUCGCAAAUCAAUACGUUGCAACAAUUACAAAAUAUAGCAAGUUAUGGAUUUUUAAGAAAAAGAUUGGAGAAACAUCAGUUACACAUACACGCUAUUUGGUUUGACAUUUAUACGGGCGAGAUUUAUUAUUUUAGUAGGAAAUUGAAAAAGUUUGUGAUAAUUGAUGAGGAUAAUUUCAAGCAGUUGUUGGAGGAAGUUGUUUUGUUUUAUUCCUAAGAAAAACUACUUUUGGCAACGUUGCUUUUUUUAUUACGACCCUCGAUACAAGGUUGCCAGAUCGUUUAAGUAUGUUCCUAAAUCAACAAAAAAUAUUUUUUAUAUGAUUUUUUUAUUGCAAAUAAACAAUUUAUUAAUCUUGACAAUGCAUUUUUAUUCAACAAAUUCUUCUUAUUAAUAUAAAAAUAAAUUACUAUUAUGUUGUAUUAGUAAUUGUUAUAACAACUAUACAACUUUUGAUUAGUUUAAAUUAACAAUUCAAAAAAAAAAGGGCAUUUUUCAAUAUUCACCGUAAAUGGAACUGAUUAGAGUUAGUUAAUGAGUAUUAUCUUGGUGAAUUUUGGGAAAGGUCCAUUUAGAGUGAUUAUAGCGAUUUCCAUUUGAUUGCACUUUUUCUUGACAAUCAAAUCAAAAUCGCCAUUAGAUUGUAGAAGUUUUCAAGCGUUUUACCAGUUGUCAAAAUAACACUUUAACUAUGGUCCGUAUCAUCAUUUUUCUUUGGUAGAAAACUCAAUGAGGCCGAAUUAAUGCAAAAUCUCUUCCUAGUGGGUGGCGGUCCGUCGUUAAAAACAUGCCCCAAAUGAGAGCCGCACUGGGAGCAAGUCACUUCGGUCCUGAUCCGGCCUGGU